AUGGCACAAGGAAUAGAUUCCAACGGAUUGGAAAACCGGGAUAAUUUGUCCAAUAUUCAAAAAAGAGACACUGGUGUAAUAUCAAACUACCGUGGAAUUUCCUUAAAAGAAAAAUCUACGACGGAUCAUAUAUUCACAAUAAGACGAGUAAUGGAAAAAUUCUACGAAUAUAAUAAAGACCUUCAUAUACUUUUUGUAGAUUUCAAACAAGCAUAUGAUAGUAUUGACCGUGAACAACUCUGGAUAACGCUAAGAAUUGUCAAUAUACAAAGGAAAUUGGUGAAACUAGUUGAGAUCUGUAACCAACAGACAUACUGCAAAUUGCGUUUAAUGAGGGAAACUUCCGAAGCAUUUGAAUGCAAGACCGGCUUAAGACAGAGAAACGCACUAUCUCCGGUACUCUUCAAUCUUGCUUUGGAACAAGUGAUAAUGGACAUGCAUGAAAAACGAGAAAUGGAAUUUGUUUGUUAUGAAUACUCUUCUAGCAUAUACAGAUGA